GGUCCAGACCUUGGGAUCCUUUCCUUGGGCGUAGAGCACGCAGUAAGGAUUGCUGUCCUUGUGGGUCAGGCGAGAACUACAAGGAACCUGGGCAGUGCAAAGUCGCCUGAGUGAAGUGGCUCCGUGAGAGAAAUGCCUGGUGAAGCCACAGAAACCGUACCUGCUACAGAGCAGGAGUUGCCACAGCCUCAGGCUGAGACAGGGUCGGGGACAGAAUCUGACAGUGACGAGUCAGUGCCAGAGCUUGAGGAACAAGACUCCACACAGACAACCACACAGCAAGCCCAGCUGGCAGCAGCAGCUGAAAUCGAUGAAGAACCAGUCAGUAAAGCAAAGCAGAGUCGGAGUGAAAAGAAGGCAAGGAAGGCUAUGUCCAAGCUUGGUCUUCGGCAGGUUACAGGGGUCACUCGAGUCACUAUCCGGAAAUCUAAAAAUAUCCUCUUUGUCAUCACAAAACCAGAUGUCUACAAGAGCCCAGCUUCAGAUACCUAUAUAGUUUUUGGAGAAGCCAAGAUUGAAGAUUUGUCACAGCAAGCACAGUUAGCAGCUGCUGAGAAAUUCAAAGUUCAAGGUGAAGCUGUUUCAAACAUUCAAGAAAAUACUCAGACUCCAACUGUACAAGAGGAGAGUGAAGAGGAAGAGGUUGAUGAAACAGGUGUGGAAGUUAAGGACAUAGAAUUAGUCAUGUCACAAGCAAAUGUCUCGAGAGCAAAAGCAGUCCGAGCCCUGAAAAACAACAGUAAUGAUAUUGUAAAUGCUAUUAUGGAAUUAACGAUGUAACUAUUUGACAGCAAGGACAUCUCCCCCCACCCCUUCCUCCCUUUUGGGUGUUUGAAAAGUGGAACUACAGCUUUGAAAUUUGUGCUAAUAACUAAUAAAGUUAUGGCUUCUUGUUGGAUGAA